AUGCACUGAGGUUUUACAAAGCAGCAGCUCCUUCACCUUUGUGGGAUCCAUAGAUUUGUUUUAUUUAUUUAUUUUUUAUUUUUGUCUGUCAUCAGAUCAGAAAGACUGGAUCUGAGCUGGGCAAACAGACAGACAAACAAACAGACGGACUGACAUAUGGACAGAGAGCAGUGGGCACUGCGGCAUGCAUGUAGCAACUGGACUUCUCUUCUCCCUGGUUACUAAGACCAAACAAGCAUAGUAGCCAGAGCACUAUCCUGUCCACCGAGGUAGUGGGUGGAUGCAGCUUUCAGCAGACUGCUAUAGGGGAAAGCAGAGACUGUAUAGAAGCUGCAGAGAUACAUCCAGUUGAUCCACAUUGUGGUGAUCAUCAGAAAAAAGGACUGUUGCCUUCAAGUAGACCUCUUUUGGAUGUUUAUGUCAGAGAUCUCUUUUUGAAUAUUGCUUGCAGGAACUUGCGCGGCAAACAGCUGUCUUUCUUUUCAUGGACUUUGCUGUCCAUGUUGAGCAGGCUUCCAGGAUUACAGAUGAGCGUGGAGUGUGAGUCUCAAUGAGGAUGGCAGAGCGCACGAGGACUGUGUAUCUGACACUGAUGCUGCUGUAUCUUGUUCUGCUGGUCACGGCUCACGCAGCCCACAGCAUCUACCCGAGGAUACGGCUCACUCACAAAGAGCUUUGGCAGCUGAACAGGACCUGGGUGUUCCAGGGACAUGGAGCAUCUCUUCAGCCCCAGACCAUGCUGCUGGAUGAGGGCCAUGAAAGACUUUACGUCGGGGCCAGGAAUACUCUGUUCUCCCUUAGCCUGGACCGAGUUAACACACACCAGAGAGAGAUCCAGUGGGCCAGCACAGAAUCUCAGGUAGAGGAGUGCUUGAUGAAGGGUAGGGAAAAGCCGGAGUGUGCAAACUACAUCAAGGUCUUGCAACAGUACAACCAGACCCAUUUGCUGGUGUGCGGAACAGGAGCUUUUAACCCCGUCUGUGCUCUGGUCAGAGUGGGACACACUGGGCAGGACAGGCAGUUUGCUCUUGAAGGAGACAGUGUAAUGAGUGGCAGAGGACGCUGUCCAUACGACCCCAACAGUCCCUGCACAUCAACGCUCUCCAGAGGAGAGCUGUACAUUGGCCUGUACACUGACUACUGGGAGAAUGAUGGCGCUUUGUGUCGACUUAACAACCAGACCUACACACGCACUGAAAGAGACGACAGGCAGCAGCUCAAUGAGCCUAAAUUCGUGGGGUCAGCAGUUAUCCCUGACAACGAUGACAGGGAUGAUGACAAAGUUUACUUCUUCUUCACUGAGUGGGAGACGGACGCUGAGGGACUGAAUAAGGCCGUGUAUACUCGUGUUGGGCGAGUCUGUGCGAAUGAUCAAGGUGGACAGAGAAUGCUGGUGAACAGGUGGAGCUCCUUCCUGAAAACUCGUCUCAUCUGCUCUGUGGCCGGACCAAAUGGCAUUGAUACGCACUUUGAUGAGCUCGAGGAUGUGUUUGUUCUCAAGAACAAGGAUGGAAAAAAAACAGAAAUCUUUGGCCUCUUUAGCACUACGAGCGCUGUGUUUAAAGGCUAUGCAGUGUGUGUCUAUGGCAUGGAGGACAUCAGAGCAGCCUUUAACGGUCCAUUUGCCUACCGAGAGAGACCUGAGCAUCACUGGACACCAUAUGAGGACAGGGUCCCCUACCCUCGACCAGGAUCUUGUGCCAGUAAAGUGAACGGAGGUGGCUUCUCCAGCUCUAAAGAAUUUCCUGAUGAGGUUUUGCGGUUUGUGCGUUCUCAUCCCGUGAUGUAUCGUCCAGUCCUUCCCCAGCAUCGUAGGCCUGUCCUGCUGCAGACAGAGCCAGGCGGGAGGAAGCUGACCCAGAUCGCCGUGGACAGAGUCCAAGCCCAGGAUGGACACUACCAUGUUCUCUACAUCGGCACUGAUGACUCAGUGGUGUUGAAAGUUAUCACCAUCUACAACAAAGACACAGACACUAUGGAGGAGGUGCUGCUGGAAGAGCUGCAAGUAUUCAAGAUGCCAGCACCAAUAAGAGAGAUCAUAAUAUCACCUAAAAGGCAACAGCUGUAUGUGGGGUCAGAGGUGGGUGUGGCCCAGGUCAGACUGCAUCAGUGUGACCUCUAUGGCUCAGAAUGUGCUGACUGUUGUCUGGCCAGAGACCCCUACUGUGCCUGGGAUGGUCUUACCUGCACCAGAUACUACCCUGCUGGAGUCUAUACCAAGAGCAGACGAUUCAGACGGCAGGAUGUUCGCCAUGGCAACGCUGUCCAGCUGUGCAAUGGGCUGCAAAUUGAUGAUGAACAGUGGCACAGAGGUGAGGAGAGGCUGGUGUACAGCGUGGAGAGCAACAGCACUUUACUCGAGUGUGUCCCGAGAUCACUUCAAGCCAAGGUCCUUUGGUUCUUACAGAAAGGAGGAGAGAAACACGAGGUUCGAGGCGAUGAGCGUGUUAUCAUGACCUCCCACGGGCUGCUGUUCCUACGAGUCAGGAGCUCCGAUGCAGGCAUGUACGUGUGCCAGACUGUGGAACACGGAUACGUGCACACAUUGCUACGUAUCUCUCUACACGUGCUCAGAGGGGAGAGGGUGGAGGCAGCGAUCAACAAGGCUAAUGGUGGGGAGGGAGAGAAAGCUGCAGCUCCAUGUCACUCCUCCAUGAGCCUCCCACCAGGCCCGAGCAUUAGCCCCAGGGCUCUGGUGCCAUCCUCAGUCCCCGGUCCCCAUUCCAGGCUGUGGUACAAGGAGUUUCUCCAGCUGAUUGGCUACGGGGAUGCCCAGAGAGUAGAAGAGUACUGCGAGAGAGUGUGGUGCUCAGAUAAAAAACGUAAAAAGACCAAAAGGAAGUAUGUUCCUGCAGGUGGCGAGAAGAGAGGGAAAGGGAGAGCAGAGGAGAACUCCCACCGAGCGCCAAGGCACACCUUGGACACCUGAGGAGAACAGAAACUGACUGCACACACACACACACACACACACACACACACACACUCUAAAGGUCAGACUCACUCAGUGUUUGCACCAUGUAAAAGGCUUUCACUUUGCUUUCAACAAGAGUAGUAACAGCAGUAGCAGGUUGCCUAGCUUGUGCUACAUUUAUCACUUAGUGGUUGGUGAUGUUUCCACUUAUUUUAAGAAGCAACAUUUUGCCUUUUUGUGCAGGGUAAACUGAUUAUCUGGUGCAGACCCUGGGUAAAUACUAUGAAUGUUAAUAUCAGCACAGAGCAGAGGACCUGGGAGGAGAUGGACGACUGAUUCAGUGACGUUGCCUCUGAUCUGAAGAGACAGAAUAUAAUAUAUAUCAAAUCCUGUGGACCGACCCAGCCCAGCCCAGCUACCAAUCCAAACGCACACAGAGACUGCUACACGAAACCUCUGCUCCACCUCUCAUUCAAUGGCUCAAUAUGACAAAGUCUUACUGUAUCUAUUAUGAGAGAAAACAGCUAUGUUAAAGGUAAUGGCCUUCUAAUCAUUUUUGGUACAAUGAUAACUUAUUUUCUCAUUCUCUACUCUGAGUUCUGUAGUUGUUUAGAUGUCGUAAACUGGAAAAUGUAGUGGUAUUGUUUUUGUACAGUGAAAAAUGCUUUGAGCUUUAUGAUACUGCUAAUUUGAUGAUAAUGCGGUCAGGGCUGUGCUGCAUGUGGUUAAAAUGGCCACAAUGCAAACAGUUAGAUGUUACAAUGCCAAUAUUAUGGAUAUCUGAGGCACGUCUUAGUUAGAAUUACGCCCUUAAUGAAAAUAGUUAUUAUUUAAGCACUUGUGAAAACGGUUAUGGUGGAUGAAAAGUGGUCCUUUCAGUGGAUAUUAAUAUUAUUGAGUAUCUACAUUUACAUCUACAAUUGUGAUCAAAUGUACCAACAGUAUUGUGUGUAUUGUAUGUUUUAUUUAUGUAAAAAUGAGGGUGGUCUUUGCGUGCACAUCUGCUAACCAUGAAUGUGUAUUCAAAGAGUCAAUCCCUCCUCCCUCCCUUUCUCUCUCUCUAGUUUCGUUACUUGUCUCCCCCGUUUUGUUUGUCUGUAAUGAAGUUGCAGAUGGGAUUCAUAAUUAAUACUACAAACAGCCGUGUAGAACACCACAAUUUGCUCGGAAGUAAAAAAAAAAAAAAAAAGGACAAAUAAAUGUUAGGGUGACCAGCCAAGCGUGUCAUUAGCAAAAAAUUGAUGAGUCAGUUGCAUGAAUAUUCAGUUAAUUCUGGGAUGACAGAUACAUCAAACAAUCUGAUGUUACAGUGAAAUGUAUUGUAGUAGUUAUGCUAAUAAUAGAGCCUGGAGGAUUGCUUCUUUUUCCAUGUCGUGCACUAUUGAUCUCUUCGUUUUGUCACUUCAUAGCUUUGACUUUUUUGUCUCUACCGUAUUCAUAAUGCGGUAAAAAAACAAAAUAGUUGUUCGGUCUCUGUCACUACCUUAUAUCGUCUCUCCCCAUCCUCCUUGAAUAUUCUUCAACUAUAGAUUGGAAAUACUUUGCUUAUAAAUACCUGCCAUUAAAAGAAGAUAGACCAUCCUACCCUGGUGUCACCUCUGUGGUUUAGCCAUCAAUAAUGAAAAUGUACACGUGCGCACACACAUACACACAUAUUGAGAGGCCUCUAAAGCAGAAAGAAAGAGGUAGAGAGAGGGCCUUGUGCAGUAGUCACUUAGAAUAUAACAGA